CAACCAACCAUGUUCCCAAAGGCCAAUGAGUGAGCUCGUAUCAAGCUAUCAUUAUUAAGCUAGCGUUGCGCUGAGCAAGAACUAAGAACCAAGAACUAAGGAGAAGAUGAAGCUGCUGCCGCCAUUGCUGCUGCUUUUGCUGUUACCGUGUUGGGCAAUCGCGCUAUUGGCAACGGCUGCGGCGCGCAAUGUGAGCUACGACAGCCGGUCUCUGAUCAUUGAUGGCCAGCGGAAGCUCCUCAUCUCUGCUGCCAUUCACUACCCUCGCAGCGUCCCUGAGAUGUGGCCGAAGCUAGUUCAAACGGCGAAAGAAGGUGGGGUGGAUGUGAUUGAGACGUAUGUGUUUUGGAAUGGCCAUGAACCAUCUCCAGGCAAUUAUUAUUUUGGGGGACGAUAUGAUCUGGUAAAGUUUGUCAAAAUCGUCGAGCAGGCUGGGAUGCAUUUGAUUCUUCGAAUUGGCCCAUUUGUUGCGGCAGAAUGGUUCUUUGGAGGGAUACCUGUUUGGCUGCAUUAUGUGCCUGGCACUGUGUUUCGGACUGAAAAUAAGCCUUUUAAGUAUCACAUGCAGAAGUUCACAACAUUCAUAGUUGACCUAAUGAAACAGGAGAAGUUUUUUGCAUCGCAAGGGGGUCCUAUUAUCUUGGCCCAGGUAGAAAAUGAAUAUGGAUACUAUGAAAAGGAUUAUGGAGAAGGGGGUAAACAAUAUGCUAUGUGGGCUGCUAGUAUGGCUGUUUCUCAGAAUAUAGGUGUCCCUUGGAUAAUGUGCCAACAAUUUGAUGCUCCAGAGUCUGUGAUAAAUACUUGUAACUCCUUCUACUGUGACCAGUUUACGCCUAUCUAUCAGAACAAACCUAAAAUUUGGACAGAGAAUUGGCCUGGCUGGUUUAAAACAUUUGGGGGCUGGAAUCCUCACCGGCCAGCUGAAGAUAUUGCUUUUUCUGUAGCUCGCUUUUUCCAAAAAGGCGGAAGCGUACACAAUUACUAUAUGUAUCAUGGAGGAACAAAUUUUGGUCGAACUUCAGGUGGGCCAUUCAUUACCACAAGUUAUGAUUAUGAGGCACCAAUUGAUGAAUAUGGAUUACCUAGGCUUCCAAAAUGGGGGCACCUUAAGCAACUUCACAGAGCCAUCAAGUUAUGUGAGCAUAUUAUGCUCAACAGUCAGCCAACUAAUGUAUCACUGGGUCCUUCCCUAGAGGCUGAUGUCUUCACCAACUCUUCUGGAGCAUGUGCUGCCUUUAUAGCAAACAUGGAUGACAAAAAUGACAAGACGGUAGAAUUUCGAAACAUGUCAUAUCAUCUUCCAGCAUGGUCGGUUAGCAUACUGCCAGACUGCAAGAAUGUAGUGUUUAAUACAGCAAAGGUUGGAUCCCAGAGCUCUGUAGUUGAAAUGUUACCUGAGAGUUUGCAGCUAUCAGUGGGAUCAGCGGAUAAAAGCUUGAAAGAUCUGAAAUGGGAUAUAUUUGUGGAGAAAGCUGGGAUUUGGGGUGAAGCGGACUUUGUAAAAAGUGGCUUGGUAGAUCACAUUAACACAACAAAAUUUACGACGGACUAUCUUUGGUAUACAACAAGCAUAUUGGUCGGUGAAAAUGAAGAGUUCUUAAAGAAGGGAAGCUCGCCAGUUCUUCUAAUUGAAUCAAAGGGUCAUGCUGUCCAUGCUUUUGUGAAUCAAGAGCUCCAAGCUAGUGCAGCUGGAAAUGGCACGCACUUCCCCUUCAAAUUAAAAGCUCCCAUCUCUCUUAAGGAGGGGAAGAAUGAUAUUGCUCUACUAAGCAUGACAGUUGGUCUGCAGAACGCAGGAUCAUUUUAUGAAUGGGUCGGGGCAGGGCUAACUAGUGUCAAGAUUCAGGGAUUCAACAAUGGGACAAUAGAUUUGUCAGCGUAUAAUUGGACCUACAAGAUCGGAUUGGAAGGGGAGCAUCAAGGUCUUUACAAGGAAGAAGGUUUCGGUAAUGUAAAUUGGAUUUCAGCCUCAGAACCUCCAAAGGAACAGCCUUUGACAUGGUAUAAGGUUAUUGUGGACCCUCCACCGGGUGAUGAUCCCGUUGGUUUGGAUAUGAUUCACAUGGGAAAAGGUCUAGCUUGGUUAAAUGGAGAAGAGAUUGGAAGAUACUGGCCUAGGAAGGGCCCUUUACAUGGAUGUGUUAAAGAAUGCAAUUACAGAGGCAAAUUCGAUCCAGACAAAUGCAAUACAGGGUGUGGAGAACCAACGCAAAGAUGGUACCAUGUUCCACGGUCUUGGUUCAAGCAAUCUGGAAACGUACUGGUGAUAUUCGAGGAGAAAGGUGGAGAUCCAUCCAAAAUUGAGUUCUCAAGGCGGAAAAUCACUGGUGUGUGCGCUCUUGUAGCAGAGAAUUACCCCUCUAUUGACCUUGAAUCUUGGAAUGAUGGAAGUGGAAGUAACAAAACCGUUGCAACCGUCCAUUUAGGUUGCCCCGAGGAUACACAUAUUUCAAGUGUAAAAUUUGCCAGCUUCGGGAAUCCUACAGGCGCCUGUGGGUCCUAUACACAGGGCAACUGCCAUGACCCUAACUCCAUUUCUGUGGUCGAAAAGGUCUGCUUGAAUAAGAACCGAUGCGACAUAGAAUUAACAGGAGAAAAUUUUAAUAAGGGUUCGUGUCUGAGUGAACCAAAGAAGCUUGCAGUUGAAGUACAGUGCAACUGAAAUUUUGAAUUUUUAUAUUUCAACUUUGGAAAGAAAGAGGAGAGA